CGCCGCCCCCUUCCCCCCCCCUCCCCUCUCCUCUCCCGAUUCAUCGGCGAGCGCCCCGGCCGUCCCCGCGACUCUCCCACCCCGCAGAUCGGCAGGGCGGAGGAGGGCAUGGCGUACAUGUGCGCCGACAGCGGCAACCUCAUGGCCAUCGCGCAGCAGGUGAUCCAGCAGCAGCAGCAGCACAACCAGCAGCAGCAGCGGCACCACCACCACCACCACCACCUCGUCCCGCCACCCAUGCCGAUGCCGCCCGCCCCCGCGCCCCCGCACGCGCAGAUCCCGGGCUCGCUGCCGUUCGGGGCCGCGGGGUCCGCGGCGUGGCCCCAGGCCGAGAACUUCUUCUCUGACGUCUUCGGGGCGUCCGCCGCCGACGCCGUGUUCUCCGACCUCGCCGCCGGCACGGACUUCGACUCCGACGUGUGGAUGGAGAGCCUCAUCGGGGACGCCCCCGUGUUCCAGGACUCGGACCUCGACCGCCUCAUCUUCACCACCCCGCCGCCGCCCGGCCCGCCCGAGGCUGAGGCCGAGGCGGAGGCCGUCGCGCGGGACGAGAAUGCGCCGGCCUCGCUCCCCACGGUUACCGCCGCGGCGCAGGCGGCGUGUUCUUCUCCGGGCUCAGCCGACGCGUCCUGCUCCGCCCCCAUCCUCCAGUCCCUCCUCGCCUGCUCCCGCGCCGCGGUGGCCAGCCCAGGCCUCGCCGCCGCGGAGCUCGCCAAGGUCCGCGCCGCGGCCACCGAGUCCGGGGACCCCGCGGAGCGCGUGGCCUUCUACUUCUCCGACGCUCUCGCUCGCCGCCUCGCGUGCGGCGGCGCGGCGCCCCUCGAGACGGCGUCCGACGCGCGGCUCGCCUCCGACGAGGUCACGCUCUGCUACAAGACGCUCAACGACGCCUGCCCCUACUCCAAGUUCGCGCACCUCACCGCCAACCAGGCCAUCCUGGAGGCCACGGGCGCGGCGACCAAGAUCCACAUCGUUGACUUCGGCAUCGUGCAGGGCAUCCAGUGGGCGGCGCUGCUCCAGGCGCUGGCCACGCGCCCCGAGGGGAAGCCGUCUCGGAUUCGCAUCUCCGGCGUACCCUCGCCGUACCUGGGGCCGCAACCCGCGGCGUCCCUGGCCGCGACCAGCGCGCGCCUCCGCGACUUCGCGCAGCUUCUCGGGGUGGACUUCGAGUUCGUCCCGUUGCUCCGGCCCGUGCACGAGCUCGACCGGUCCGACUUCUCGGUCGAGCCCGACGAGGUCGUGGCCGUCAAUUUCAUGCUCCAGCUCUACCACCUCCUGGGCGACUCCGACGAGCCGGUGCGGCGACUCCUCCGCCUCGCCAAAUCGCUCGGCCCGGCGGUGGUCACCCUCGGGGAGUACGAGGUGAGCCUGAACCGAGCCGGCUUCGUCGACCGGUUCGCCAGCGCGCUGAGCUACUACCGGGCGGUGUUCGAGUCGCUGGACGUGGCGAUGGCGCGGGACUCCGAGGACAGGGCGACGCUGGAGCGGUGCAUGUUCGGGGAGCGCAUCCGCAGGGCCGUCGGGCCGCCGGAAGGCGCCGACAGGACGGACAGGAUGGCCGGCAGCGCCGAGUGGCAGGCGCUCAUGGAGUGGUGCGGCUUCGAGCCAGUCCGGCUCAGCAACUACGCCGAGAGCCAGGCCGAGCUCCUGCUCUGGGACUACGAUGCCAAGUACAAGUAUUCGCUCGUCCAGCUGCCGCCGGCGUUCCUCUCGCUCGCAUGGGAGAAGCGGCCUCUGCUCACCGUCUCCGCCUGGCGGUGAGCCCUUCCUCUUCUCCUUGCAGUAUUUGCUCCUCGUCGUCUUCGAUCGACGGAGGAAAUUAAUGGUUAGCAGCAGAUCGUUCGUUUUGAAGCUUUUUUGUAAUUUGUACUCCUAGUUUCAUCCGUCCCUUGAAAGCUCUCUUUGUUUAGGAUUAUGGUAAUGGCUAGGAUGGUGUAAUAGGAUGGGGAAAUUUAGUUGAACUAGCUUGUCAGAUGCCUGUUUAGCAGCAUGUUAUUAUAGCUGGUUAAGUAGACCAAAUGUAGUGCUAAUUGUAUAUGAAUUUAGAGCAAGCUAUGUAGUAGGCCUUUAGGGGGAGAUUUAUCAUCGCUCAUACUAUGAUUUUUGGAUUAUGGUAA